GGAUGCGGGACAGUGUGCGUGGUCCUGACUCCUCAGAUCAUCCCGAGCACAGUCCGGACAGGAGCCGCCUCCACGCUGCAUGGGACCACAUCUCUUCAGGAGUCUCUUCUCUUCUCAAUUUAAUUUGUCCUCCAGAUUCUCUCGGCCUCUCUGUGUGGGCUCAUGACUGAGCUCGGAUCUGCACGAUGGGGAUAAUUGUAACCAUGGUUCGCUUCAAAUGUGCGUGUUCCCGGAGCAGCAGCAGCAGCAGCAGCUGAGGUUUUCUUCCAAAGUGCGAGUGGAUCGUCACAGCGUGAUGGAUCAUACACAUGAGAGCGCAGUGCUGAGAAAACUUUUUGUUGUUGGGAUUUUGGUCAACGUCUGGAUGAUGAGAGGGCUGUCAGCCGCCGAGAGCUUCACCACGGAGCCCCCCAAGAAGCCCUGCAACGAGUCCCGUCUGCAGUGGGAGGUGGAUGUCUGCGGGGAGGGCUUCAAGCGGGACAUGGCUCACAUAGAUCCACAGUACCGGUGUAACCUCACGCACUUCAUCAGUGAGUACCACCUCUUCACCCUCUGCACAGAGACAAAGGCCCGCCUCGUCCACUGCUACUGGCCCAAUCCGCUGGUGGAGGCCUACAUAAUCAACAUACACAAGCACUUUUUCUCCAACUGCAGCUCGAAUCUGGUGGAUUGGGUGGACCCGCCGGAGAACACGCUCACCGCCCUCAUCCUCGUCCCUGUGUUCCUCACUAUGGCCAUGAUCGCCCUGGUGGUGUGGUGCAGCAAGAGGAGCGAUAACCUGGCCUAGGGAGGGGAGGAGGAAGGAGAAGGACUGAGUUCCCGGUCUCAGCAUCUUUACUGAAACAGCACAGCAAACUGUGCACAAUAUAGAAGUGCAUGUUUGGUCAGUUGGUCAAAUGUUCCAUAAGUGGCUCUGCAAACCACCACAUCCCACAGAGAUGAAGAGAGCACUCCCUGGUUAUUUUACAAAACGGGUUUGUGUAUUUUAAAAAACGUCUUAGAGUUCAAACACUCAAUAUGGUCUCCUUUUCAACUCUGUUUCUGUACAACUCAAUUGAUUCAACAUAUUUAGAUUUUCUGGAGUCAUGUCUGUGGUUAAUACAACAGCAGCACUUUGGUUAAGGUCAGUGAAAGAUGGUGUUAAACCAGAUAUGUAUCUUUCACUAACCUGAACCAAGAGCUGUGAGAUCUAGGGUGUGGAUACCUGACCAAAGCCCGUCGGCACCCGGUAGUGAAAUGCUAUUUAGGAUCUGCCGGAUUUGAUCAUGUUGUCUGGUCUAUCUUGAUCCAACUUGAUUUUUUGAUUAUAUGUACACUCUGCAUGUGCCUGUGAUCAGGGACAGGUUCUGACCCAAAAAAUGGAAUGCCUAAAAGGUUCAGGUUGGGCAUGAUUAGUUUUUUCUCCAGGUUUGGGUUCGAACAGUAAAUUGUGGGCAAAGCUGCACUCUAAACAGAACCAUAGAACACAUUUUAGUGAUAUAUUAUCUGAUAUGGUAUCAACAUAUUUGGGACAAAUAAAUACAAUUUAACACAACAUAUCCUCCUAAGGGUCACAGAAAACAUGAUUUGAUUGCAAUUACAUUUCCGUCAAACAUUUGCUGUCUUAAGUUGAGUUGUUUAGAAACAUAAUUUCUAAGAGAUAUAAAAGAAAAUGGAUAUCACCAUAUAUUAGUAUAGAGCUAACAGAAGCUUAGCUUAGCAUAAGCUAAGUUGGCUUUGUCCAAAGGUAAAGGGAAAAUCUGCCAACUCGCUGUUUGACUGCUUAUUAUUGACAGAAACCAGUGGUCAGGCAACUAGUGUAUAUUUGUACAAAGCCAAGCUAGCUGUUUAUCAGUGUUAUCAGUUUAUAGUUUUAAUCAUAUAGCUAGCUGUUCAUCAGUCAAAAGCUAGAUAUUGGAUCCAGCUACCCAUUUAUCACACAGACAUGAGUGGUAUCAAUACUCUUUUAUUCCCCAAAAUAUCCCCAAAUCAUUUUCUGGUUCUGGUUUACUACAUUUCUUAAAAUGCACUGCACGCUGGGAACUCUCCUUUAAAAUGUGUUGAACGUGUCCCACAGAGGAUGUUGGUGGUUUGAUGUAAUUGUCACUCAUCAGGGAACUUGACCAGCGGGACAAUUGACCAAAUUCUGGGGCAUUGCGUAAUUCAGCUCAUGGAUGUGGACCGUGGAGCUCUUGUCGGAUUCUUGUCGGAGCACUGUAUCAUUGUUGAAGGCCAAAGUAUCCACCGAGCACCAGAGGCAGCAACUGAAAACUUUUGGACAGAAGACUCCCAGAGGACGCUCGUUAAAUAUUUGAACAUGAUACCACAUGAUGGCAGCAUGGGAGGAUGAAAAAGAGGCCUGGGUCUGUCUGUUGAGCCACUGAACAGACUGUUGCCACAGGAAAUGAAAGAAAAAAAACCCCACAGGUGAUUAACCCAAAGACAAGGCAACACUAUAAUUUGUGUGUUUCUGGACUUCAUUUUCAUGUGUGACUACCUGAGCCCCAGUGGACUGUAUAGAACAGUGUAACUUAUCACAUACUGUUGAAUAAAUCACUGUUAAUACUCACAAAGAGGGGUUCUCAGUGGAAACAAAGUAACUAUGAGAUGACAUUGAGACCUCAUUCUGUACAGUCAUACUCUGUCCGUGCUGUCUACUGUAUCUGCACUGCCUCUUCAAAGUUCCUCAAAGAGUGGAAUUGAACUUAUCGUGCACACUUUUGUGGUUGAUUCUCUGGCCCACAGUUCUCACCUGUCAAAGCUAAACCUAGCACAGAUUUCCCAUGUUCUUGCCCAGCGUCGGACGGCGGUGUGUGUUGGCCAGCUCUCACAUCAGCUGCUGUCUGUGGAAGCAGCGACUCCUCACUGAAAGUGAUUAAAUACCAAGUCUCUUUUAACAUUGCUGGUUUUCUCUGUCUUUAAAUGAAGAAAGCAAACACUCGCAGACAGUUUUGUGAUGCGGUGUAUCUGAGGUCAUCCCUUCAUGAAUGUUUUAGUGAAGAUGUGUUGUCUGCUGCCUCCUGUUUCUCUGAUCCAGAGUCGGUGUUUCACAGGGUCUCCCUCAGGAAAUUGGGGAGCGGUAAGACUCUCACCAUAUGAUCACAACCCUUUGUGAUACAGAUGUUCAAAAAUCUAUUUCCCCUUCCCAAUAAUUCCCAUACCUGAACUUUGUGUAUUGGCCGAUACCUAGUACCGAUCCGAUACCAGAAAGAAACCCAACUUAUAUUACAUUUUAACAGCUGUAUGCUUCUAACCUUGUGUGGAAGUGAUGAUUGUUAUCAUUGUUGCAUGGCUCAGGUUAAACCAUUUGACAAAUACAAAUACACACAGACAGUGCUCAAAUGAGAUGUCAGUGUUAUGGCUGGCAACACUUGGGCCUCCCAUCAAAAGUCUUGCAUACAGUUCUGGUUGCCUUUUUUAUUGAGGGGCUUUCCAGGGUGAAAUAUUGGCAAAUUGCUGACAUCGUAGCUCUGGCUAAUGCUACAACUCCUGGAAAUCACUUCUUCUUUUUCGCUGCUCCAAAACGGUACUUUCCAGUGGCAGUACAGCGAAAUGGUUGUUUUGGAGCGGCAAAGAAGAAGUGAUGUCCAGGAAAAGAAAAUUGCAGCUUUAUUUGGAUGAAACUAAUAUAUUCACCAAUACCAUUGAUAGACCGACCCAGCAUUUUCAACAGUAUCAGAGGCAUUUCCGAUGCUGGUAUCAGUGUGGAAACAUUUCUUCUUUGUGAUACAGUUCCAGCUGGUCAGCACACAUUUAAUUUCUCUUGACAUUUCCCCCAUUUGUGAAGACUCAUGUUUUCUUUUUCCCAAACAUUGUGAUGCACUGCUCUGGUUAAUUACUGAAAGAAGCAGUUCAGUCCGUCAGUUAUUUAUAUUUAUAUUUAUAUUGGUUAAAAAGACACUUAAUAACAUAAUAUGUGCCAUAAACAAUGAAAGCAAUGGAAGCGUAACGUGGCCAGAAUCAAGCAGAGCACAAACUUUAACCCUGGAAUAAUGUAAAGCCUCUAAAGUUGAGCAUGAACUACAUUUUCCCUUUACUUUUCCAACUCUCUGAGUCUUCAGUAGCUUGUUUUAUUUUAAUGGACGUACAAACAGGAGUUUCAGUCCAGCCCAGGGGUCAUGAGGUGCAUCAACAAUGAUUCAAAACCCCAAAGGCAGUUGAAACAAAUGCUCAUAUGUGCCCAGAUUUAUCACAAGGCCUAAAGGUGUUUCCUCCCAACAGACAAACCCGCCCACCUGAGCCUCCCUGUUGAACUCCUUUAUAAUCUGUCAUCUGAGAAGUGUGGAAAUGUGUGUGUGUGUGUGUGUGUGUGUGUGUGUGUGUGUGUGUGUGUGUGUGUGUGUGUGUGUGUGUGUGUGUGUGUGUGUGUGUGUGUGUGUGUGUGUGUGUGUGUGUGUGUGUGUGUGAGCAUUCAUCACUGUCAAAAGGAAACGCAACCAUUCCCGGCUCACGUCAUCACAUCCUGAAGGGAUCAUUUUAUCAUCUGCUCACUCAGUUAUUUACUGUAGAUACUAUUUAAGGUCACAAAUAAAAAACCCAAAUCAAAGACA